AUGUACCCCUUACCACCCCAACUCCAGCUCCAAGCUCAAGCUCAAGCCCAAGCCCAAGCCCAAUACACCGUCGUCCACCCACAGCCUCACCCUCAACCACAACCGCAAUCGCAACCGCAACCUCAGCCCCAAUCGCAACCUCAGCCCCAAUCGCAACCUCAAACCCAAUCGCAAACCCAAAACAACCACCAAAAUCCAACAAUCCAACCCAGCAAAAACGCCAACGCCAGUGCAAAUUCCAAUGUCAAUCCGACAAAAACCCGCCCCUCAGCAUCUUGCAUCCCAUGCCGCAAUCGUAAAGUCAAGUGCAACCGCCAAACCCCCUGCAGCACAUGCCUCUCGCGCUCGCACCCGGAACAAUGCACCUACACCACAACCGACACGGACCGCUCUGCUAUGAAAUCCGCCGAGACAAUCGCGGACCUGCGCCGCAAGAUCCGCGCUCUCAAGAUGCAGAUUUCCGAGGACGAGAAUGAUGAUAAUGGUGAAGAAGAGGCUGGAGGAGGGGUUGAUUGGAGGGAACUCGAGGCGAUGGAGACUGUGUUUGGGGAGAUGAGGGAGGGUGAGGAGGGGGUUGUGGAGGGCAUUGUUGGGAUGGUGAGGGAGGGAGUUGGGAUGGGGGAGUUGGCGGGGUAUGUUAUGGAUUUGAGGAAAAGUCAGGCUGUGGUUGAAGUUGUGUAG